AUGAAUUUCUUGAAUGACGUCAAGGUUAUUGAACUGUUUGGUGUAGCACCCGUGCCAUUUUGUGGCCAAAUAUUGGCGGAUUUUGGGGCUGAUGUUACAACAAUAUCUGUAAGUAAAAAAUUACAAAGUAAACUUAAUUUUUUCUGUAAAAAACAGAAUGUUUAUAACAGUAUGGAGUUUCUAUUACAAAAGUGGUGAUAUUAGUGCUAGGCGAAGGCUUUGAUAUUAAGUAGGCACAAGGCAAAGUAUGACAUAGCUUUUUUAUUUUUUUAAUACUUUUUCAAAAAAAACGUUUUUAGAAACAAUCUUCAUCCUUUAACGCCAACUUUCUGCGAAACAAGAAAAUCAUCACCUUAGACUACAAGUCAGAGCUAGAAACCAUAAAAGACAUGAUCAGUCAAGCCGACGUUCUACUUGACCCUUACCGUCCAGGAACACUCGAAGUCAUGGGUUUGGACCCAAUUGAGCUUAUGAGCAGAAAUCCUCGGCUAAUCAUAUGUCGUAUUAGCAGCUAUGGCCAGACUGGCUCGAUGAGUCAAAAAGCUGGCCAUGACCUUAAUUGUAUAGCUCUAUCUGGCAUUUUACCAGUCGUUACUAUUGCUAAUAACAAAGGUAAUCCUUGGCCGCCAGCCAACAUUUUAGCUGAUUUUGCGGCCGGUAGCCUGACCGGUGCUUUUGGUAUUGUAGCAGCGCUACAUGAGAGGGAAAGGACUGGAAAUGGUGGUAUUGUCGAUGUUAGUAUGACAGAUGCUUUAAUGUAUUUGAGUUCGUUUAUAUUCGCUCAUAUGAAGGACAAAGUGCUUUGGAAUGAAGAUUAUGGUGUUUUUAGAGGAAAUUAUCCUAUGUACAGGUAAGGCUAAGGCCAAGGUUAAAGCUAAUGUCAAGGCUAGCACCAAAACUAGGACCAAGGCUAAGGCCAAGGCUAGGGCUCUGGGCUCUGGGCUCUAGGCUCUGGGCUCUAGGUCUAGGCUAGAGUUAUGGCUAAGACUACGGCUUAUAAAAUUUAAUUUUCAGAGUAUACAAAACAAAAGAUGAUAAAAUGAUUGCUGUUGGUGCGCUGGAGCCAAAGUAUCAAAUCGAAAUUUUACGAGGCAAGUCAUGUACUUUUAAAAUUGGCAGUUUUAAAAGUACAUUAUCAUUUAUAGUACCCAUUUUUUAAUAAAACGCUUUUAUUUUUUAUAAAUUGAAAAAAAAACUUUUAUCAAAAUACACUUUUAAAAUUGUUGUUCAGACAUAAAAGUGCGUUAAAAAACGCUUGUUAUCAUAGUUUGUCGUAUGCUUUGUAUUAAAACUUUUUUUAAUUACAGUAUGGUAUGAUAAUCAUUAAAAUUAUUUUAAAAAAGAAUUUGAAAACUUCAAGUUAAAGGAAAUUCCGUAGUUUAGACUUAAAAACUAAGUUUUCCUACAUAAUAUGAUGCAAAGCAUACAUAAAAAGAUAAUAUAAUCUGAAUGCAAAAGAUCAAUGUUGCAGCCCGUCCUAUCAUUGUUUGAUAAUUUUAAUUAUAGUAUCCAAAUUCUUGGCUUGUUUGUCAUUUCCUCGUUUUAUCAAAAAUUGUUUAAAGAUCACGGUAGAAAACAAUUUCAGUCUUGAACAUCAACCCAAAACAUUUGACGUCGUUCAAAACACUCUUACCUUUAAUGGAAACCGCAUUCAAAACAAAAACACGCGACCAGUGGACGGCUAUCUUUGACGGUAAGAUUGUUGAAAAUAAUACAAAAAUUAACAAUAAAUCAAAAAAAAGUUUUAAAUGAACACGAGUACUUAUAUCUAUUAGACCUACUAGGCCUGGUUUAAUUCCGGCCCGGUUUUGGCUUAGCUUCAGCUUGGUUUUGACACGGCUUUGGCUGUGCUUCGAACACCUGGUAUGGCCCGGUUUCGCUAGGCUUUGACGCAACUUCGGGCUCAAAUUUGGCCUAGAUUUGGCCAGGUUUUAGCUCGGCUUUAGCCAAGUCUUAACUUGGCUUUGGUUCAGGUUUGGAACAGCAUUGGCCCGGUUUUUGUCCCGGUUUUAGCCCGGCUUUGGUUCAAACUUGCCCUGACUUUGACUUUAGCUUAGCUUUAGCCCAAAAUUUGGUUCGGCUUUGGAACUACUUCGGCUUGUCUUUUUUUUUAAACCAGGUGCCCAAACUAAGUCCCAUCCCCUUUACAGAUCUACCUACCCUAAAGAAAAAAACCCCCCCCCCCUCCUUCCACCCUGUCCAAAACUUGGACAGGGUGGAAGGCUGCACUGUGCAGUCCCUGGGAAAAUCGCGCCCUUUUUAUUCCGCUGCACAGUGCAGAUUUCCUGCGCGAUCACCCGAUACAGCCAGCGAUGUUAGGAAAGACUGCACAGUGCAAUCCCUUCAGUGUCCCACCGGUCGGUUGUCGCAGAAGUCAGGGAACUGCGACAGACAAAACAAUCUUGUCGCAAUCCUUCCAUUGAACACAGUGUUGGCUUGAGCGUUGCGACAACCGCGACACGCUGUCGCAUCGCCAUUUGAAUCGCGACAUCACAGUCUAUCGCAAAGCUUUGCACAUUGCGAUUCCCAUUGGGAUGUCGCAGGGUGCAAGCGGCCGUCGCAGACCAUGUCGCUUGUCGCCCAAUUCUCGGCGCGACAGCGAUUCCCUCAAACUGCACUGUGCAGUUUUGUCACAUUCUUUUCCGGAAAGACUGAUAUAUUUUAGACUUGGACGCCUGUGUAACCCCAGUUCUGGAGCUAGACGAAGCCAAAGAGUAUCAUCUACAAAAGUCACGAGGAGCAUUUCAAAAUAACGACGUUUUACCUCAACCUACACCACGCUUCUAUCCAAACAUGCUUUACAAAAAACCGGUAUCUAAACUCUAAAAUGACAGAAACAAUAGUUGCUUUAUAAUAUGUAAAAGCUUCUAAAAUGUAAAAAAUGUAAAAUACGUAAACUAUUAAUGAAAAUAAAGUGCUAGAGCUAGAGCUAAUAGAUUAGUAUUGGUAUACAAUAUACAAAAUUUGAUCCAAAUCGGUUUACUCAUUGCCACGUUAGUAGGGCGGUCAAUAAUUUCUGCGGGCAGUAUAGUAUAAACAGUCAUUUAUGUUCCCAUCAAAUUGGUAAAUUUAUAGACAACGCUUAAUAGCUUAUUUGAAGUGACCAUAACGUGACAGACAAAGAAUUUCACGCAGAAGGUCAUCUUAAUCUCUAGGUACGCUUAAUUUUCCCACCUGUUUAGGUUAUUUACGCCAUUCUUUGUCGCAUAUGACCUCUUGAUUUUACUCGCUUUAUAUUAGCUUUAUAACACCAAUUGUAUUUGGCAUUCCAAUAUAAAGUAAACCUAACAUUCAUUUACUAAAUUCCAAAUUUUCUUUACUUCAAAGUAAUUUAUGUAAAUUUAUGCUUUACUAUAUUUUUAAGAAAACUAUUUACUAUGUAUUUUUACUACCUAUCACUGUUACUACUACUGAUUGAAUGCUAUAAGUGUCAACUUCUUUCCUAUGAUCAAGCUUUAGAUUAUAGACAACUUGAAAACUUUAAUUUACAUGAACUAACUAAUCAACCAGAUAAUGAUCAACAAAGUGAUGAUCAGCAAACUUAUGAAAAUGUGUUGCACGAUCAUUCUGGUCGUCACAGUGAAAACGUUGAAGCUGUGUCAUUUAAAGACAAUCAAGAAGGCUCUGGCGAAGAAGACACAUUACAACAUGGAAAAAUGGUUAACAUCUUACAAGAAGACCAUCAAGGUGACGAGCAUGGCUCAACUUCAACGAGUUAUUAUGAAACUAAACGUCCACUUUCUGAAUUACUAGACGAUCUAAGUUAUCUUGGAACUGUUCUCCGUGACUUUCCUGAAAGUGAUAUCUUGUCUAAACAUUCACAAGUUACAGUUGACUUACCUCAACAUGAUUCUUCAGCAUCAAUCUACCCUCACAGCCAAAUUUACACCGGCGAAAUUGAUUCUCAUGGUGAACCAGUCACAAUUAUUGAACAACUUCGUCAAAGUGUACAUUACAAACCAUCAAACUCAGAAGAUAUACCAUCUAUAACUGGAAGCGGUUUGCCUUCUGAACUAUCUUCAGUUUACGCCAACCCACAAUCAGAAAUGGCCAAGCCAUUUGUAGAACAAAUUUUUGGUCAGACGGCUGUCAGCAACCUCUUUGGGUCAGCUUUAGAAUCAGGUACUGUAGAGACUGGUGACAAUGCGGCUAGCCUUGGCAGUUUAGGAGAAAUUGCAAAAAAGAUUGAGAAGUUGCCAGAAAAGAUCUUGGCCAACUUUGGAAUAACUUCAGCGCCAGAAACUGUCGAGGUACCUAAUGCUUUUAGAUCUACACAACAUGGUUUGAAUGGUAGAAGUAAACCAACUGUACCAGAAAACGUUAUUCCAACAGUACCAGAAAACGUGAAUGGUCAGCUUAUUAGUCCUAACAUCAACAGUCAAGUAAAUGAAAAUGUAGACAGUUCAAGCAUUGACGGGUUUGGAACAACCUCAGCCAUGCCUGUAACAACUGAAUUACCAAGUUACGGACAAUACGGCCAAUGGGGUAUCAAUCGAUACGGUCAACGUGAGUGGUAUAGCCUGCGGCCACAAGAACGCUACGUAUCUGUUGAUGUCAAUCAACAAGGGCAAUAUGGUACUCUUGGUACACAAAAUAGUCAGUAUGGUCAACAAGGUCAGUAUGGUACUUUUGGUACACAAAACGGGCAGUAUGGUACUCUUGGUGUACAAAACGGUCAAUUUGGUCAACAAGGUCAGUAUGGUACUCUGGGUUCUCAAAACGGUCCGUAUGGUACUCUUGGUACACAGAACGGUCAAUAUGGUACUCUUGGUUCACAAAACGGUCAGUACGGUCAACAAGGUCAAACUGAUAUUAUUGAUGGACAAAAGUAUGGAAUUCUAGGUCAGUAUCGUCCAGAUCCAACCCAAUCAAACAGAUAUCACGGUCGGCAUGGAGAGAUAGAACGAGAACAGGUUUACCCUUAUAACCAAGUUGCCCAAGGGAAAUAUGGUGGAAAUGCACAAGUCUAUGGUGGACAAAGUGGUAGGUUUUAAACUUAAUUUUUUUCAAACUGCACAUGUUGUUCUGGCUAUUAUUUGAGUGUAUUUGUGUAAAUAGCCAAGACAGACCUAUACUUGUGAAAAGGCCGAACCUAAUUUUUCGGCCUGGGUUUUUGAAAAUUUGCUUUAGGCUGGGACAGGAAGAAGCCGGGCCGAGCUUGGUAAUCCAAUUUUAAAGCUAGCCCUGAACCGUUCUGAAGCAAAUUUGAAACGAACGAGCCGAGCUAUCACAUGUAAGCCCGAUGGCCAAAGCUUAAGCUAAAGCCCGGACCAUGAGCCGGACCGAAAAACUGAACUUGGUCUUUUCACAGGUCCAAUAUUGUCGGAACAUAUGCAAAUUUUAAAUCACAGCCUAACAUUUGAAAUCACAAUCUAAAAAUGCAUUUUUUGUUUCAGCGUCGUACCAGAUUAACGGUCAAUAUGGCUCACCAUUAUAUCCAUACACAAACCAAGCAAUUAACGGACAAAAUGCAGGUCUUGGUUCUACUGGAUUUUAUAAUCAAGAUUAUGUUCCUUCAGGCAUUAGUAGACAAAUGGGUUUUACUGAUGGACUAGCUUAA